GUGCGUCCGGCGGAAGUGCUCCUCCGGCGCGGUCCUCCAGGCCAGGGCCCUCAGCCAUCUCCACCCCCAGGUGGUUUGAACUUUGAGCCUUUUGUAGUCCUGAUGAAUAAUUUCACUUUCCUCAAGUUUAUGACACUCGGAACGUCAAGAACUGGAGGUUUGUGCAAUUUGAGACCGGUCAGCACUGUGCAGAGAUCAGAGUACUAAGAGACAGAGAUUAAAAUGGCUUCCAGAGGAAAGACAGAGACAAGCAAAUUAAAGCAGAAUUUAGAAGAACAGUUGGAUAGACUCAUGCAGCAAUUACAAGAUCUGGAGGAAUGCAGAGAGGAACUCGAUACAGAUGAAUAUGAAGAAACCAAAAAGGAAACUCUGGAGCAACUAAGUGAAUUUAAUGAUUCACUGAAGAAAAUUAUGUCUGGAAAUAUGACCUUGAUAGAUGAACUAAGUGGAAUGCAGCUGGCUAUUCAGGCAGCUAUCAGCCAGGCCUUUAAAACCCCAGAGGUCAUCAGAUUGUUUGCAAAGAAACAACCAGGUCAGCUUCGGACAAGGUUAGCAGAGCUGACUGCAGAUGAUGAGGCCUUCUUGUCAGCAAAUGCAGGUGCUAUACUCAGCCAGUUUGAGAAAGUCUCUACAGACCUUGGCUCUGGAGACAAAAUCCUUGCUCUGGCAAGUUUUGAGGUUGAAAAAACAAAAAAAUGACAUGGUGCAGAAGCUUAUAACAUUGAUCACAUUCUUACUGUAAAUGGCGUCUUUCUUCUGGGGGUUUUCAGUUAUUGCAAAGAAAUGAAGAGAUUCUGGAAAUGCAUCAGUAAUCUAAGAAAAAGUGACAUAAAAAUAUACUUAUGGCUUGUGUUUAUGCUCUUUAUCAUUGUGCAUUGUGUGAGGUUACUUGCUUGAGUGAUCCUGAACUUCUUGCGACAGAGGGACUCACUGGACUCUGUUAUGAUUUGUCUGUUUAAGAGAGAAAACAGAAAGUGGACUUGGUUUUUAUUAAGACUGUUCGUUUUUAAGUGUUGAUGGUGAAUGCAAAGAUGUGAAGUGAUGAUAUUUUUCUGCUUAUAACUUACCCCACUCAUUGGAGUGAACGGUGAAGUGAGCUCAAUAGACUUCAUAAGUGUUCAUAGAAUUUUAGAGUUCUGAGUGAUCUUAGAAAUCACUUCUGUUUUUACAAACAAGGAAACUGAGGUCCAGAAAGAGCACGCAACUUGCUUAAAGUUGCAUCAGAGAGCUAAGGGUAAGACUCAGGUGUCCUGACUCCCAGUUUGGUAUCUGUUGAAUUUUAUUUCUGUACCAUUUAAAAAAUAAUAAUUAACAUUAUUUGUGCAAGUCAGUGUUUUUGAAAAUUCAGUGUCCCAAUAAAAAGUUGACUGCACACUAAGGGACCAUCCCCAGCCUGUGAGCUGUCUGUAUGAAUGGGGCCCGUUGUAUCUCAGAAUUUUGAGGUUGGAACAAUGGGAGCCCUGUUGAGCGUCUCCUAAAGUGACUCAGCCGCCUGCAUUGUUUCACCAGGGAAGCAAUAGGAAAUGGCAGCUAGAGGCCCUCCCUGUGUGUGACCUCUUGUCACACUCAGAGGCGGGUAACUGUCAGCUGUUAUCUACUCUUCAGGUUUUGGAGAAACACAAAAUAAGUUAUGAGGAAAAGCAAAUUUCUCUCCUGAGUAUUUACAUGUCUCUGCAUAUGCUCAAAUAUGUAGAUGUGUCCAUAUGCAUGUAUAUUAGCUUAUUUCUUAGGCUCUGGCCAUUUUAUAUUCUUUCAUGUGCUUCUCAGUAUUCUUUUUCUUUGCACUUUAUACAAAUUAAAAGCAUUUUUAAAGCUUC